ACAUGGUCACAUUAUCUCUUGUUCUGCUUCUGCUUUCAGUCCAGUGGUCCUGGGCUCAGGAAGACCCUCUUCUGCCUUUCUCUGAACACCUGGACCUCGAGCACAAGGUGCAGCUGAAAUGGGGAUUUGAUGAGAUCCAGGGCUCUAUCUUGUUCGAGCUCACGGUCAACACCAGCGGCUGGGUCAGUUUUGGCUUCAGCCCCAAAGGAGGAAUGACUGGAGCCGAUAUCGUCAUCGGAGGAGUUGGACCCAAAGGCAGUUACUUCACGGAUCGUCAUGCUGUGGGGAAUUCAAUACCUGUGGUUGACCAGCAACAAAACUACAAACUCCUGUCUCUGACCGAGUCUGAUGGGAAAACAGUCAUGAAGUUUCAGAGGUCCAUCGGUUCCUGUGAUGACAAUGAUUUACCCAUCACUAAUCUCCCCAUGAAGCUGAUCUAUGCGUACGGGCAGACGGAUGACAUCACGUACCACAGCACCCGAAGAGGCACAAAGGAGCUGAACCUGUUGAAGUACAUGCCUCGGGUCAACCCUCCAAACACCAACUUUUUUGACCUAACUAUGGUCAAUUUUACUGUACCAGCCACCCAAACUCACUAUCACUGCAAGAUCAUGAAAGCCCCAACAUUUGAUCGCAAACAGCACAUUUAUCGUAUUGAGCCGUUUAUCACAAACUUUGACCUCGUGCAUCAUCUGCUGCUGUACCGCUGCCCUGUGAGCAUGACCGAGGCGUUUGAGACGGAGUGUUAUACUGGGAAUGAUGGAGAGUGUAUGCAGACCGUGGCUGUGUGGGGAGUUGGCGGAGGGGCUUUUGAAUUUCCUGAGGUGGCAGGACUUCCAAUUGGAGGAAAUGUUGGGGAUUUUUUCUACAGGCUUGAAGUGCAUUACAACAACCCCAAUAAAAGUGCAGGUCGAGUUGAUAACUCAGGUCUGCGAUUCUAUUACACAUCUGAACUCCGUCAGCACGACGCAGCUGUUCUGAUGACAGGGCUUGCUGUGGCCCCUGGGUACGCCAUCCCACCCAAAGCCAAAUCCUUCCUCACGUACGGCCUGUGUGACACUGCUUAUAUUCCAACGGUUCUGGAGACGCCACAUGAUCUUCAGGUGUUCUCUGUGAUGCUGCACACACACUUAGCUGGGCGGAAGGUGCGAGUCGGACACUUCAGAGGAGGUAAACAGAUCGAUCUUCUAGCUGCGGAUGAAAACUAUGAUUUUGAAUAUCAGGAAGUGACAAACUUGGGUAAAACUAAGACAGUGAAGUUGGGUGACAAAUUGCUGGUGGAGUGCACCUAUAAUACUGAAAUCCGCAGCACACUCACAUGGGGUGGACUCUCAACUUCAGAGGAGAUGUGCUUGGCCUUCCUCUUCUACUAUCCAGCUAUGAAUCUGAGCACCUGUAUAAGCUUCCCUAAUGUAACAUCUUUAGGACCUGCGAUGGGAGCAACAGAUGCAGCUACUUGGCUCAAUAUGAUGUUCACGAAGACUUGGAAUGACACAUCUAUCAAUCAAUACCAACAAACACUGAGGAGAAUCGACCAACACGUCAUAGUCGUAAACUCAUUUAACAACGGAUCGUACAAUAAAGGGACACUUCCUGAUCUCAGUGUCAUCCCGUCUGCACCCUGCAUGAGCAACAGUGCCACCAAAAGUCUUGCUUUGCCAUCGCUGCUCCUCUGUUUGGCAGUGCAGUGGGCGUCCUUUUGAAACAUUAAUGAAAAACAGAACUGAUGUAACUUGUUCUUUCAUUGUCUGAAUAAAUACCAAUAAUUUUAAGAGAGUAAAAACUCCUGGCUCACAGGGACAAAAUUGUUAAGCAAGCUAUAUGUAACUUUUAUUUUUUAAUAAAUCAUUAGAUGGAAAUGGACUUUACACUUUACUUUUAUUACU